AGCAGGCCAUGCCAUCCAGCCAGCCGGGCAUGUGCCGCCUCCCACCGAACGCAAGUGAGAAACCGAACCACGCGUCCAGCUCCCCCUCGCCACGCUCCAGCUCACCACCUCACCUUCAGCUCCGCCCAGCCCCUGCGCCCUCGAGCUUCACCUCCCCUCCUCCCUUCCCUCUUCCUACCACCACCACCUCUUCCCCAAUCCCACCAGAUUCGCCUCGACGCCCCCACCUCCCUCUCCCUCAGCUUGAUGCCACGCCCCCUCCCAUGGCGACACGCCCCUCGUCGGCACCCGCCCGAGCCGCGACCCUAACCCUCCUCCUCCUCCUCCUCCUCGCCUCUGCGUCCCUCUCCUCCUCCGCCGCCGCCGCCGCCGCGGGUGUCCCCACGCCCCCGUCCGCGGUCCCCGCCGCGCAGCGGCAGGUGGCGUCGGCGCCGGACCCCCCGGCCUCCCCUCCCCCUCCGGCGCGCCGGCACCGGCACCGGCACCGGAGGCACCGUCCGCCGCCGCCCCCGCCGCCCAGGCGGCGGCGCCUCAACUUCGGCGAGCGGCUCGGGAUCGCCUUCGCCGGCGUGGCCGUCGCAAUGCAGGUCUUCCUCGGCGCCUUCCUGGCGCUGCGCGCGUGGCAGCUGCGGCGGCUCGACAGGGCCGAGGUGUCCUCCUCCACGCCCCUCACCUGACGGCCACCGUCCCCCCCCCCCCCUCCGCCCGCGCCAACCGAAGCUCGAGCUCGUCCGGGUGUCAGGUCCGUGACUUAUUUGUGAUCUGAUCUGAUGCUGCUGCAAAGGGAUCCGGGGUGCAGUAGCUGCGGCAUGUCCGUGUUGGACGCCAUUCUUUCCGUUCUUUGUUGUACUGCUACCGUGUACAAUAUGCUGCUCCUGCUCCGUGCAGGCUCUAGUUGAGAGGCUAUGUGAUAUGAGAGAUUGAGACUUGUGCUGCUGCUUUGAUUGUUGCCGUCCCUUACCUGAUCUAGAUGGUUAGCUGCUGCUGCUUCUGUUCCUGUGUUAGAAUUGCAUACUUAAAGCUGGGUGGUUAAAUGGGCUUUCGUGUAGUCAUGUACAAAGCGAUCUGUUCCAAUUAUUGCUGGUACUGCGAUAUAAACUAACCUGUCAGUUGCACUUUUC